AUGCCGGUUUUCCACACGAAGACGAUAGAAAGUAUCCUGGAGCCGGUGGCUCAGCAAAUAUCCCAUCUGGUGAUAAUGCACGAGGAAGGUGAAGUUGACGGGAAGGCUAUCCCAGAUCUGUCCGCGCCGGUGGCUGCCGUGCAGGCGGCCGUUAGCAACCUGGUUCGUGUUGGAAAGGAUACCGUGCAAACAACAGAGGACCAGAUCAUGAAAAGGGAUAUGCCACCAGCCUUUAUCAAAGUGGAGAAUGCCUGCACAAAGCUGGUUCAAGCUGCCUCCAUGCUGAAAGCUGACCCGUACUCUGUUCCUGCUCGGGAUUACCUCAUCGAUGGAUCUCGAGGCAUUCUGUCUGGCACAUCUGACCUGCUCCUCACUUUUGAUGAGGCAGAGGUCCGCAAAAUAAUCCGUGUGUGCAAGGGCAUCUUGGAAUAUCUGAGCGUGGCAGAGGUGGUGGAGUCAAUGGAGGACUUGAUCACAUACACAAAGAAUCUGGGCCCAGGUAUGACAAAGAUGGCAAAGAUGAUCGAUGAGCGCCAGCAGGAGCUCACACAUCAGGAGCAUCGUGUGAUGCUGGUCAAUUCCAUGAAUACGGUCAAAGAGCUGCUGCCCAUCCUCAUCUCAGGUAUAAAAAUCUUUGUGACGACAAAGACAUCUGGGAGCCAGGGUGUGGAGGAAGCCCUGAAGAACCGAAACUUCACUUAUGAGAAAAUGAGCGCCGAGAUAAAUGAGAUCAUCAGAGUGCUGCAGCUCACAUCCUGGGAUGAAGAUGCCUGGGCCAACAAGGACACUGAGGCCAUGAAGAGGGCUCUGGGACUGAUUGAUUCAAAGAUGGCUCAGGCUAAAAACUGGCUGAGGGAUCCAAACGCUCCACCAGGSGACGCCGGCGAGCAGGCCGUCCGUCAGAUCCUGGACGAAGCUGGGAAAGUCGGUGAGCUCUGUGCUGGGAAGGAGCGCAGGGACAUCCUGGGAACGGCCAAGACUCUGGGUCAGAUGACCGACCAGGUGUCUGAGAUGAGGGCAAGAGGUCAAGGAGCAUCGCCAGCUGCCAUGCAGAAGGCUCAGCAGGUUUCCCAGGGGCUCGACGUUCUGGCCGGCAAGGUUGGCAACGCCGCUCGCAAACUCGAGGCCAUGACCAAUUCCAAGCAGGCCAUCGCCAAAAGGAUCGACGCUGCACAAAGCUGGCUUGCAGACCCUCAUGGCAGCCCAGAGGGAGAAGAGAAUAUCAAGGCCCUCCUCAAUGAGGCCAGAAAGAUUGCAGACAUGUGUGAGGAUCCCAAAGAAAGAGAAGAGAUUUUGCGCUCUGCUGGAGAGCUGGCCGCCAUGACUGCCAAGCUGUCUGAACUCAGAAGACAGGGUAAAGGUGACACUCCUGAGGCCCGAGCUUUGGCCAAGCAGAUAGCAACAGCCCUGCAGAACCUGCAGUCCAAGACCAACAAAGCUGUGGCAAACAGCCGGCCUGCGAAGGCCGCCGUCCACCUGGAGGGGAAGACGGAGCAGGCGCAGCGCUGGAUCGACAACCCCACCGUGGACGACAGCGGCGUGGGCCAGGCAGCCAUCCGUGGGCUGGUGGCCGAGGGCCGCCGGCUGGCCAACGCUCUGCAGGGCCCGUACAGGCAGGAGCUGAUGGGGAAGUGCGAGCAGGUGGAGCAGCUCAUGGCCCAGCUGGCUGACUUGGCCGCCCGUGGCGAAGGGGACUCCCCUCAGGCACGCGUCGUGGCUCAGCAGCUCCAGGAGGCCUUGAAAGACCUGAAAGGAAAGAUGCAGGAGGCAAUGACUCAGGAAGUGUCUGACAUCUUCAGUGACACCACCACCCCCAUCAAGCUGCUGGCAGUGGCCGCUACAGCGCCCCUCGACGCUCCCAACAGAGAUGAGGUCUUUGAGGACAGAGCCGCCAACUUCGAGAAUCACGCCAACAGGCUCGGCGCCACGGCCGAGAAGGCGGCUGCAGUCGGCACUGCGAACAAGAGUACAGUGGAGGGAAUCCAGGCUGCCGUCAAGUCAACCAGAGACCUAACACCACAAGUGGUGUCCGCCGCUCGCAUUCUGCUGAGAAACCCUGGCAACCAAGCAGCAUAUGAACAUUUUGAGACCAUGAAGAAUCAGUGGAUUGACAAUGUGGAAAAGAUGACUGUUUUAGUCGAUGAGGCCAUUGAUACCAAAUCUCUGCUGGACGCCUCUGAAGACGCCAUAAAGAARGACUUGGAUAAAUGCCGCGUUGCCAUGACCAAUCACCAGCCUCAGAUGCUGGUGGCCGGCGCUACCAGCAUCGCCCGAAGAGCCAACCGCAUCCUUCUGGUGGCAAAACGAGAGGUGGAGAACUCCGAAGAUCCAAAAUUCAGAGAAAUGGUGAAAGCUGCAUCAGAUGAACUGAGCCAGACGAUUUCUCCCAUGGUGAUGAAUGCAAAGGCUGUGGCUGGAAAUAUCCAGGAUCCAAAUCUUCAGAAGGGAUUUUUGGAUUCGGGUUAUAAGAUUCUUGGAGCUGUAGCAAAGGUUAGGGAGGCCUUCCAGCCUCAAGAGCCAGACUUCCCACCACCGCCUCCGGAGCUGGAUCAGCUCAACCUCAAUGAUGAAGCAGCACCGCCCAAGCCUCCACUUCCAGAGGGAGAAGUUCCUCCACCCAGGCCUCCUCCUCMUGAGGAGAAAGACGAGGAGUUCCCAGAGCACAAAGCUGGAGAGAAAGUCAAUGAGCCCAUGAUGGUGGCUGCCAGGCAGCUUCACGACGAAGCCCGCAAAUGGUCCAGCAAAGGAAACGACAUCAUCGGCGCUGCCAAGCGAAUGGCCCUGCUCAUGGCAGAGAUGUCCCGUUUGGUGCGUGGAGGCAGCGGAAACAAACGCGCCCUGAUCCAGUGCGCCAAGGACAUCGCMAAAGCUUCUGACGAAGUCACACGGCUGGCGAAGGAAGUGGCCAAGCAGUGUACCGACAAACGAAUCCGGACCAACCUGCUCCAGGUGUGUGAGCGCAUUCCCACCAUCAGCACUCAGCUCAAAAUCCUGUCCACUGUYAAGGCCACCAUGUUGGGCCGUACCAACAUCAGUGAAGAGGAGUCUGAGCAGGCGACUGAAAUGUUGGUCCACAACGCCCAGAACCUGAUGCAGUCUGUGAAGGAGACUGUCAGAGAGGCGGAGGCGGCCUCCAUUAAGAUCCGGACAGAUGCAGGUUUC